GCUCAGCUGGUUCGGCACGGCUGGUUCGGCCCGGCUCCGGCGCGAUGAAGCCGCGAGGGUAUGGAUUUCUGUUACUGCUCCUUCAUAUCCUGAUAGCUGUUAUUGCACUAGAGAAGAAGAACAUCAUCAGUAAACUUGGAGACAACGCCACACUAAGUUGCAUUUUUAAGGAAAACAACUUGCAAUUAAAAAAUCUACGGGUAUAUUGGCAAAUAGCUGAUGAUUCCUAUAAAGAAAAGUGUUCAGUUGUACAUGCACUGAUGUCUGGCCAAGAGGAUAACAGGAAUCAGUGUAUUCGCUUUAAAGACAGGACUCGAUUAUUCUGGGAUAGAUUGGAACACGGUGAUUUUUCCCUGCUAUUACUAAAUGUCAGCCAGCAUGAUAGAAAUACAUACAAAUGCAUAGUACAGAGCACAGUUGAAUAUUCCAAAGUGAUUUACCAGACAGAAGUGGCUCUCAGUUUAGCAGUGAGUUACAGCCAACCAAUACUCAGUGGACCAAUAAAAAACAAUGACAGCAGUGGAGAGGAGGUAACCUUCAACUGCAGGUCUGGCAAUGGAUACCCAAAGCCCAACGUCUACUGGAUCAAUAAAGUGAACAACAGGCACCUGAAUGCAUCAAAAACAGAGAUCAUAUCCCAUGAAAACGGCACUUUCAACGUUUUUAGCACACUGACAGUGAAAGCCACCUCUAACAUGCAAAUAGAGUGCUCCAUAGAAAAUGAGAUGCUGCAGGAAAAUCUGUCAGCCAACUACACACAGCAGAAGAAAAGCAGUGGUCCAGGCACAAAAAGUGAUGAAAACCCAGAAAAAAAAGGACGAGGUGCUCAAGCAGCUGGCAUCAUUGGCAUUGUCUUUGUGAUAGGUCUUCUAACUGGUUUAAUCUGCUGGCUCUGGAGGAGGAGGUCCUCUAAUCUAGUGUCCUAUAGAGAUGUCCAAACAAGAGAAGACCAAGGAGGACUCAACUCACCUGUCUAAAUGGAAGGUCUACCAACAAUUUGGGCAGCUGGAGAUGUGUCAAGAGAAACAUCACUCCCUCAGUGGCAGCACUGUUUGUAAAGUGACAGAUUUCUGCCAAGAGAGACAGAAAAAAAAAAAUAAAAAGCUUCUAGAACACAAGAGGAAGGAAAAUCUGCUGGAUUUUCAUUCCAGACACUGACUGUGCCCACAGAACAUCGUGUCACCACUCUUGCUCAGCACUUUGGACAGCCCUCUGUGACUGCCAGUGAUUUGGGCACCAGUACUGGGGAAAGCAGAAAGCCUGGGACUCAGCUGCACUGUGCCAGACCAGAAAAGCUGGUGACUGUCCAGUCUUCCAUCAUGAACCUUGAGGACUGUCAGGAGCAGAAGCAGCCACGUUUCAGGAGCAUGGGACAUUCUUGCUGUCACCUUACCCUGAGGAUGACUACUGCAUGUGAAGAAAGGCAGCUAAAAUGAAGAAAGAAAACUGAAGGACUCUGAAGAGUGAGAUUUGUGACCUCUUCCAUGUUUCUCUCUCUCUAUAACACAAUCCUUCCAUUGUCUGUUUUCACCAGCUGCUGCUGUUUACAGAACCAGGCAGAACACUUUGACCCAGUCCUUCAGAAACAGGGGUUGCUCUAAUGGGGUCAAAUACUGAAUGUGUUAUCAUAAGGGAAGGUGCCUUCUUUAAGCCUUUGUAGCAACAUUUUGGUUUUUACCAAAUAUUCCACCAAAAAGGGGAUUUCCACUUUCAACAGGAGCCAGCUGUGAGAAAAAAACCAGGCUGUGGAAAUCCGACCAAUUAAAAAUAGAAUGUUAUGCUAUGUAAAUGUCAGGUUACCUGGACUUACCCUUCUCAGGAUGGAACAAAAACUGUGGUUGAGCUCUGCUUGAUUCAACUGAAGCUUUAAUUAAGCACUUUCAUGGCUUCCAGGGACGAUUUUAAACUGAAGGUUUUAAACUUGUGAACUUGUGCCUGUGUCUUAUCCUUACACGCACCCCACAAAACAAAAAAGAACAUGCAAAUUCUAUCAGUGUCUUGUCCAUGAAUGUCCAGAAAGCCAAGAACAGCAUUUUCCUUGUGCCAGUGCAUGUGCCUUGCUAUUUAGCCCCAAGCUAGCCAAACUGACUGGCUGAAAAUAGCAAAAGAGUAAACUCUGCUGAUGAUACAAAAUUUUGAAGGAGGAGGAAUUUUUACGAGCUCCCUUGCCCAGAUGGGACAGUUUUCCCAUUCAUCAUGGGGGGACGGAUAUUAGUAUUUUUAACUGAGCUCUGGAAACACUUGACCUCUUCUACACCAGUUGCUAGACUAAACUGUAUGAUUUUUGUGAAUAAGUCAUAGUCUUGUUUGUUCUUGCUCUGUGUGUGAGAAGCACUCCAGUAUCAACUCUGAGCUCAGACACUGACUUUUCAUAUCAAGAUCAGCUUUCAAUUCCCAGCCACGUGAAAAUCCUGUUGUACUCACAUCACGUGGAACCAGGACCAUUUGGCAAUAGUGCAGCAGCUAUCUUUUGUCAAAGCAAUACCCCCAGGGAGACUCCCAGCUUCUCUCAUGUUCAUGAAUCCAGAUAUUAGAUAUUUUCUGAGUCCAAGUGUAGUCUUCAGUGUACCCUAAAGGGAACUUGCUUGAGGAAAGUUUGCAGACACCUCAAAAAAUGUGAACAAUCUCUGUGCAGAUGUGCAGGGUGAACACUUCCUAGUGGUUCAGUAAAAAGUCCUGCAGCCAUUUGCCCCUUAUCUGUCACAUGAAGUAGUUUUGUGCAGUCUCUGGUGCUGCUGUACCUGACAGAAGUCUUUCCUACAAGUAGUUUUCCACUUUUAUAUUCUGCAACCGUGAUGGUUCAGAGAUGUAAGAAGUGACCUAGCUGUCACUCCACGAUAUGGUAUUAAAACAAAUUUAUACUGGUUGAAUUUUCUUACUUCUGGGCUACUUCAUGGAGACACCUAAAUACAGAAGCCUUUUCUUGCAAAAUCUGUGCUUUCAUUUAGCUUAGGGUUCCAGCUAUUCAGGGUUCCAGCUAUUCCUGGAGGUCAUUAAAUCCUAGAUGACACUUGGUUGUUACCAUUCAAAGGACUGGUAAUUUCAUAGUACCAGUUUUUAUCUUCACAUGCCAUGUUUAUAUUUUAAAUAAAAUCUAUUAAUUCUUCU